AUGGCUAUCCAGGGAGUACUGCACUCUAACUAUGAACAUCUAGUCAAGCUUUAUGCCGACCAUUUGGAUACCGCGUUGUAUCUGCAAAAGAGAGUCGUUGAAGAUAUUCUGCCUGGGCUUGUCGACGAGUUUCAGCUAGAUUCAGGAACCGAAGAGAGAGUUAGGCAGUGGUUGGAGGAUAUCCCUUCGAUCUUCCGUGUGCUGAAGAGAAAUAAAUUCAUUGCUUCUUUUGCAAUGGAAUCCCUACGAACGACAAUUGCGUGGCGAAUACGAGAGCUUCCUCAUCCAAUUCCAGGCCCCCCUACAUCGCUUUUACGAUGUUUUCCAUCAGCCGCCUGUGAUCCGUUUGGCCGCCCUAUCGUCCUCUUGAAACUGGCUACUAUGACCGAGGCAUUGGGUGACGUGCGACAAUCAAUAAUAAAUAGCAUGGAGAUACUGCGUCUGCAUCUCAUGAAAGUUAAUGUCAAGGUGUCCACUGAAGAUCCGGUCCCCCGACCUGUUCUGCAGUGCGUUAUGUUGCUUGACGUUGAUGGAGUGUCACUUCACAACCUUCAACGUCUUGAUUUAGCCACUUGGUAUAUCUACGAAUUAAUGCCUCGCUUUCCCGGGAUGCUUGCGGCAGUCUUCAUUUUGAAUUACACCUGGUCGUACUCCGGCAUGUGGGGCAUCGCAAAGCGUGCGCUACCUGCGUCAGCGCUGUCAAGAGUAUUCUUUCCUUCUCCAGCCGAGCUGAUCGAAUAUUUCUCGCCAUCUUCUUUACCGCAUGAGUUUGGCGGGUGUCUUCCUCCGCUCUCGAAACUCGAAGACCCAUUGCGAAUUCAUACCUAUCCAUUAGCAGCAGAGUUUGUGGAGCAUAGUCGACCACGUGGACAACCAUCGCCUCCCCACCCACCCUCCAUCGCCUCAUCGAGUGUGGGUGCCUCGCUUUCUCCCACCUCCUCGUCGAACCCUUUCUUCGGCUACCCUGUCUCCUAUCAUACUUCGACCCCUACUCUGCGUCAUGGUCGCCGACGGAAACGGGACCUUCUGCGGACACUCGCACGUCUCUUCUGGGCGCGCUGGCACUUCCACAUCUCUGCUUCUCUUUGUCUGCUUCUGGUGUUCGUAGCGGCUACAUUGGUGCGGCGUUUCCGGAAACAGGAACGGCGAGGGCUCUUUGAGUAUUUGACCAUGCCGCCAAGGCUGGUGAGGUCGGCAACGGCGUUCGCGCGCUCACAAAUCAUAGCCUAG